AUGCUUACUCAAUCUUACAUUACCUUUUUAAGCGUCUUGGCUAGAAUUUCUUAUCCAAGUUUUAUAAAUCAAGCUAUUGCUACACGUCAAUCAAUUGAUCUUAGCGAUAAAAGUACUUCAAAUGUUGAUUCAUCAAAUUAUCACUUUGAAGUUAUCCAAGCCCCGCCAGGAUACGAAGAAUGGGUAUCUCCUACAGUUCUUCCAUCGCCAUCACAAGAUGGAUCACAAGGAUGGGAAGAUAGUCUAAAACGCGCAAAAAAAUUAGUAUCCCAAAUGACCCUUGAAGAAAAGAUUAAUAUUACAACGGGAGCUGGAAUUGAGAAAAGAUGUGUUGGAGAAACAGGAACGAUUCCAAGAUUAGGAUUUAAUGAACCGAUUUGUUUACAAGAUGCACCUGUUGGUGUAAGACUUGUUGAUUUGGUUUCUUAUUUUCCUGCUGAGAUUAAUGUAGCUUCCACAUUCGAUCGAAGUUUAAUAAGACGUCGUGCAAUUGCUCUUGGUGCUGAAUUUGCUGGUAAAGGGAUUCAUGUAGCUUUAGGACCAAUGACCAACUUGAUGCGCUCACCCCUGGCUGGAAGAAAUUGGGAAGGAUUCGGAGCUGAUCCAUUCUUGUCUGGAGUUGGAUCAGUUGAAACUAUCUUAGGAAUUCAAUCAAAGCAUGUAUCAGCUUGUGUUAAACAUUUUGUCGGUAAUGAGCAAGAGCAUUAUAGAGGUGGUUCAGACUCUAUACCUUCUAGUUCAAAUAUUGAUGAUCGAACACUUCGUGAACUUUAUGCUUGGCCAUUCGAAGAAUCUGUUCGAGCCGGGGUAGACUACUUGAUGUGUUCCUACAAUGCAGUAAACCAGACCCAAACAUGCGAAAACUCUCAACUUUUGAAUGGCUUGGUCAAAGGAGAGCUUAAUUUUCAAGGUGUGCUUCUAUCUGAUUGGACUGCAGUCCUUACUACCGAACGAACAGCGCUAGCAGGAUUAGAUAUGAACAUGCCAGGUUGGGAGCUCUAUAACGCUGGAUUACCCUCAGAGCCAGAUCCAUCUAAAGCCACAAGCUCUUAUUGGGGUGUUAGACUCAUCGACGCCGUACGAAAUGGAUCCGUACCGAUGAGUAGAAUAGAUGAUAUGGUUCAACGAGUCAUAUCGACUUACUAUAAACGAGGUCAAGAUAAAGAAUCCUUCCCAAAGCUUAACUUUCAAAGUGUAGGACAAGGAACGGAAGCUGAACAAGCCGCUAAUAAUCAACACGUUAAUGUUCAAGCUGAUCAUCACAAACUAAUUCGAGAGAUCGGUUCAGCUUCUACUAUUCUUCUCAAGAAUCUUAAUCAAACUCUACCUUUGAAAGCACCUAAAUCUCUUCAAUCGAUUCUCAUUCUAGGAAGUGAUGCUGGAGAUAAUCCGAAUGGUGCUAAUAGUUGUGAAGACCGAAAUUGUAAUGAAGGUACACUUGCUGGUGGUUGGGGUUCAGGUUCAGCUAUCUAUCCUUAUCUCAUCAGUCCAGCUUCAGCUAUACGAAGUUACCUUCACGCGGAUCACCCUAAUAUCAAUCUCGAUAUUGUCCUCAAUGAUACAAACUAUGAGCGUAUAGAAGCCAGUGCAAGUAUUGCUGAACUUACAAUUGUACAUGUUAGUGCUGAUUCAGGAGAAGGUAAAGUAGAAACCGAAGGAAAUGCUGGAGAUCGUAAUGAUCUAUACCUUUGGCAUGAAGGUGAUAAACUUAUCCUGAGUGCUGCUAAGAUGUGCGCCAAUACGGUGGUAGUGAUUCAUUCAGUUGGUCCAGUCUUGAUGGAAGCUUGGAUCGAUCAUCCUAAUGUCACUGCGGUAGUCUAUGCUGGACUUCCAGGUCAGGAGAGUGGAAAUGCUGAGGUCGACGUCUUGUGGGGUAAAGUGAACCCAAGCGCUCGAUUACCAUUUACGAUUGCAAAACGUCGUGAAGAUUAUCCUGCUGACAUAAUCUAUGAAUCGAAUCAAACAGUUGUUCAAAUUGAUUAUAAAGAAAAACUUGAAAUUGAUUAUCGUCACUUUGAUGCUCAUUCAAUAAAGGCAAGUGCAACUUUUUUCCAUCUGGAUAAACAGUUCUUAAUCUUUUCAUUUGUCAACCUUCAACUGGAAAGGUUAAUCAAGGAUUUCACUUCAAAUGAGCUUUCAGGUUCAAGAAAAGACGCAAUUGAAAUCAACUUCAAAGUCAGCAAUAUCGGGAAAUGGGAUGGACAUGAGGUAUCUCAACUUUAUGUUGGUUUUCCAGAUCAUGCAGAAGAGCCACCGAAAUUACUCAAAGGAUUUGAUCGUGUGAUGAUCAAAUCAGGUGAAAGUGUCACAGUAUCAAUCAAACUAAGAGUUAUUGAUCUUUCGAUUUGGAGUGUGAAAAAACAAGCAUGGGUCGUACCUCAAGGAGAAAUGAAGAUUUGGGUUGGUAGUAGUAGUCGUGAUAUCAGAUUGAAUACUACCUUCGCAGUCUAA